AAAAUGGAGGAUUCCAGUAAUGCGAAAAUGUUUGAUGAAGAAAUAGAUGAGGCCGAGGAAGAGGCUCUCCUAAAAUCGGAUGAUGAAAAUGAUGGACCCAAAACAAAUGUAUCUCUUUCAGUACUGCGACCGCCCUCUGUUGUGGAACUAAUGGAGGACAACUCUUUGUUAAAUGGCCCGCUGCCCAUUGAUCAAUUGGAUAAUGGGGAUGAUGAAGAUAUGUCAUUGGAUAAGGAGAUCGAAAGUGUUGAUUUGGUAGAUGGUGAUACAAAUGGUGGUGGGGGUGCUGAUGAUGAUGCCGGAGCAUCUUCUGCUAGUGAUGAGGAUGAUGACGACAACGAUGAUGAAGAACUCAAAGCUUUAAAAGAAUUCCAAGCCAUCUUGGAAGAAUUGGCGGUCAAUCAAUAUGCCUAUGAUAAAUAUGUGCGGUUGUGUGAGUUGUCGCACACAACUGGCGAUUUGGAUAAUAUACGAAAAGCCUACACAACUUUUUCAAAUGUUUAUCCUCUGACACCGGAACUAUGGCAGCGUUAUAUUAGUGUAGAACUUACAUUGGCCCAAUCGGAAAGUGAAGUCCAGCAAGUCAAGAAGCUUUUUCAACGGGCAUUAAGAGAUUAUUACUCAUGUGAUCUUGCGUUGGAAUAUGCCACAUUUGCUAAACGUUGUACGGACUCAACGGCAAUAUGGGAAGAAAUUCUCGGAACAUAUGGUCUAAAUUGUCAUAAAGGACAAGAUUUUUUUAAAUUAUAUCGUCAACAAUUCCCCGAGGAUACAUAUCGCGAUGAAUACAUUCAAAGCUUCUUAAAAGAAUUACGCUAUCCUCUAAAUCAAAUGGAAGAAAGUUAUAUAGAAUUUAAAGUCUACUAUGAAAAGAAUAAAGAACUAUUUGCCGAUCGACAGGACAUAGAUUGGGAAGCAAUAGAUGCUAAAUAUUUUAAAGCCAAAGAACAUUUAAAGAAAAUCCUACCAUACGAAGAAAAAUUACAAACGUUGGGUGCCAAUUUAUAUCGAGAACGUGCUGAGGUAUAUUUUGAUUAUAUCAAAGAAUCUGAUAAAUAUUUAGAUGAAAAUGUCCUGCAAACUAUAUAUGAACGUAUGGUGGCUGAAUGUUGCCUGAACGCGGAUUGUUGGCUUAAAUAUAUUGACUUUAUAGAUUAUCGUGAUGAAUUUGGUAGGCCAAAAGAUUUACAAAAAUUACCACUGUUCGAACAGACGCCAGAUGAUAUUUGUCAGAGGGCUUUGAGGAAUUGUACCUGGUCACCGGAGUUGUACAUAAAAAGGAUACAAAUAUUGGAAAAAAUGGAUAGAUCAAAGACUGAGGUACAGGAGGUAUUGGAAAGUGCAGCUGUGGCAGGUUUUCAGACACCAGAACCAGCGGUGACAGUGUGGUUGGAAUAUUUAACAUAUUUAAGAAGACAUACCGAUUGGACCGAUCCAGAUGAAUGUGAUAUAAUAAGGAAGAAUUUCAAUUUGGCAUGGACUAUAUUGGGCCAACAAUGGGGUGUUUUGGCUGAUUGUAAUUGUGAGAUAUUACAAUUUUGGGGGCGACUAGAAUAUGGGCCGCUGCAGGAUCCCAAAAAGGGUAAAGAAUUGUGGACUACGGUGAUGGAGAGUGCCGAUAAUGCUUUGAAAUCUGGUCUAUGGAUUGAGUUUGCCUUAUUGGAAAUGCGUAGAGAUUUGGAGGCCACAAGGAGAUUAUUUAGUAAAGCUUUAAAUACCCCCGGUUUGGAUAAUCCUUUGGUAAUAACAUCUGCCUGGGAACGCUUUGAACGUUGUAAUGGCAAUGUAAAAACUCUCAAUAAUUGUUUAAAAGAGUGCAAUACAUUUAAACAACAAUAUAGUGUACAGGCGUCAACAACAUUUGCACAGCAAAAAUCACAAAAAUCCUCCACAAAGACAGCGACAAAAAGAAAAUCGAAUAACCAAACCGAAAGUACAUCAGCUCCACCAUCCAAACAAACCAAAUUUGGCGAUGAACAACCUGCCCCAACAACAUCACAAUCUAAAGUUGGCGAUGCCAAAAAAGAAGCCACAUUUAAAGAACAUGAAAAUCAAGAAAUUGAUUUAUCUAAAGAUCAUCUACGUAUAUUUCUUUCGAAUUUAGACUACAACCUAACAGAAGAUGAAAUUCGAGAAGAAUUACCAGAGCUGAAUAUUGUCGAUAUUGAAUUGAUACGUUCGGGUAAUGGAAGAAGUCGUGGUUUUGGUUAUGCUGUGCUGCCUAGUGAGGCUGAGGUGGAAAAGGCUUUAUCCUUAGAUCGCAAAGAUGUCCGUGGAAGACCGGUAUUUAUAUCCAGUGUUUUGAGAGAUAAAGAGCAGCGUCAGAAAUUCAAAUAUUCAGCCGAAAUGGAACCCCAAAAAUUAUUUGUAAAAAGUUUACCCAAUGAUGCCAACCAAAAGGAAGUGGAGGAUUUAUUUAAACCCUAUGGGGGAUUGAAAGAUGUGAGACUGGUAUACCAUAAAUCUGGUAAAUUUAAACAAAUUGCCUAUGUGGAAUUCGAGCAAGAAGCCUCAGCCGGUAAAGCUGUUAUGGCAUUGGAUGGUACGGAAAUAAGAGGACACAAGAUAUCCGUGGCAAUCUCCGCCCCACCACCAAAACCCACAGCCGGCGCUACAACCUCAAACCCCAUGAAAAUGCUCGGGUUGGUCAGUAAACGUAAUAAAGUAUUCGAACAGAAACCACGAAUGUCCCUCAUACCAAUGUCGGUGCGAAAGAAUUUAACAAAUAAGGUAGCAACACCAGCGGCGACAGCCGCAAUAACGUUAGAAUCUUCUAUCCCCGCGCCGCAAGAUGCACCCAAAAGUAAUGCAGAUUUUCGUAAAUUUUUAACAAAAUAA